UUUGUUUUGAUGAGGUGAAGAGAAGGUCGAGUAGUUGCUUUGACGUCGCGAACUUUGACGUUGGUUAUUCUUAUUUCGCCGCAAAUGUGUGCACAACUAAGUGUUGUCACUUCUGAAUAUCCAGCGUCUAAGCGUAUUCGUUCCAAUGUUGGCCUAAUAACAUGUUUCACCUUGUCUAUUUGUUCUGCGGCCUAUAUGUACAGGCUAAUGGAUGAAAUCAUAUCUGAUAUUGAUGCUGACCUUGCAGACGUGGAUGGUUCAGAAGAAACUUAUGAAAAAGGAAAUCGUCUAAGCAGUUCCCAACUAAAGGCCGUUUUAGACCAACGUGGCGUCUUGUACUCUUCAUUGUUAGAACGAAAGGAUAUAGAAUCAGCAGUAAAUUCAACAGGUUUUAUCACCCCAAAUGAACUUAAGAAUGCGCAAGCCAAACAAUCAAAGCAUGCAAACAUGGAUUUCUCAAAAAGUCCAGAUGCUUUCGUCUAUCGGAAAUUAUCACAUUCAAAUUAUCAACCAAUGGAUUCGAAUCCCACGCCAUCCAGUUUCAAAUCGAAUAGCAUCGUAUUUGAUAGUGAAUCUGAAUUUAUCGAACAUGUUGAAGAUAAAAAAGACAGUGUAUGGCUUUUAGCUGUGGCUUCUCCACAGUCUUCUUUCUCGUCAACUACAGAUCAAAAAGUCAAAUCCAGAAUUAAACCUGCGUCAGUCAUUUCGGAGGAGAUUUGGGCUGUUUUAAGUUAUCGAUAUCAGUCAUUCGGAUUCAAGACAGGUUUGCUUAACUGUGAAAAGCUUCAUAGCAUCAUGAAGACAUUUUUUUUGGUUUGUGGAUUUGAUAUUUGUUAUUCAAUCCAAACAGUUCCGAAGAAACCUGUCUAGAUCAGUUUGCCGUUCAAAGGAGAUGAUGUACAGGAAGUAGUUAAACGAAGACUCGACAAAGCCAUCAAGAGAACUUAUUAUGCUGUAAAACUUGUUUUCCUUAACACCGCUAAGCGAGUGCUUCAACAAUCUGGGAAAGACCAGUCGCCAAUCCUCGACACUUCAAACUGCGUAUAUCAAUUUGAGUGUGUUUGUGGAAGUAAAUACAUAGGUCGUACGGAAAGGAGAUUGUCUACUCGCAUGAUGGAGCAUUUGUCAAAAUGGUUGAAAACAGCUGAGUGCAAAGUGCCAAAAUCCUCAAUAACAAAGCAUCUUGUGGAUUACGGGCAUGAUAUCGACGCGGUCAAGUCAUUCACCAUUGUCAGCAGACAAAGAAACAAGAAGAUGCUUGCAAUUGCAGAGGCUUGUGCAAUUCGAGUUCACAAACCAGGUCUCUGUGUACAAAAGGAGAUGGUCGUGACUCUGAAUCUACCAUGCUUGUGCAUCGAACGAGGUUUCAUUAAUCCAGAUCUUAUCCUCGCUUUACCCAAAGGUGGUGAACGUAUGAAAGAUAUGGUACAAUUCCGUCCUUUACCUAAAGAUCAAAAAUCGAAAGAAGUUGUUGAUCAUGGAUCAAGUAAAUACAUUUUAGACAUCAUUCACUCAUGGAUUGUAUCGGUGUUAGCAGAACGUGUUAAAGUGUUAAAGGACGUACGCGAUAUUUAUCCAGUGAGCUCAGUAUUGCCUGGUAAUCGCAUGCUUCGGAAUAAUUAUUUAAAGCAUUUAUGGUCUUCAUGGUUAUAUAAGAAACCUCAACCAAUACAUGUUCUAUGGCUCCCGGAGAUUUCAUAUGAAACCAAAUUGACUAACAAAUAUCAACCACCAUUAGUUUUAAGUGCACUUUCUGUCACAUAUACUGGUCGAGUUCGGUUUUGGUCUGUGCCAUACGAUUUAUUUAAUCAAAAAUCCACAACUGUGAAUACUAACGUUGAUAACUGGCCAGUAACUACAUCAUCUAUUGGUACAGUCUCUGAUUUGUUAAACAAUAUGAACUGUUCUUCUAAAUCCCGCUUUGUAAUCCUGACGCCAGAGGGGAGAUGUUAUCCAUUCGGUUUAAAUAGGAAAGAAUAUUUAAGCUAUGAGAAUCUUGAAAUGUUGUUGCAUUCAUUAUAUCCUUCGGCCGAUGAUUUCCUUUGGAUGUUAGUAUUUGCAACUAACAUUUUGGUUUUCAUAAAUGGCGCCGUCGAAGCUGGACGGAUAUUAUUUGUUAUUACACAUUCGUCAAAUGCUAGUGGUAAUAAUAAUUUUCAUACAAAUCGCAACAAUAAUCGUUCAUCUGUUGCUACACGUCGUUCAGCCUUAGCAAGAACUGUAAUUAGACUAGCACGCCAAGGAUGGACAUCACACAUUCCUAAUUUUAAUACUGACCACCAUUCAACGUUUGAUGAAUCAACUAAUAAUUAUUAUCACCCAACUGAUCAAAGUCGUUUGGUGCAUGAAGAUAGACAGGACAUUUCACCGUCCAACUCAUCACCAGCCAGUAUGAAAUCACUUAUAUUGUCUCAUAUCUUUGAAUGGAUUAAAAUAUUUCUUCUUGAUCUAAUCUCAGCCCACAUUCUUCUACUUUUAACUAUAUUACCAAUUAUAAAUAUAUUAAGUUUAUCUUAUGCUUUACCAGUUGUCAACUUAAAUCUUUGGUUUCUCAGGUCAUUCUCUUUGUCCUCACCCAUAGUCAAAUUGCGUUUGUCUAUUCUAACAGGUCAUUUAAAAUGGUUUAACUUGUUACAAGUUAUUCUAGCUUCAUGGUUGUUCUUAGUAGUGUUGUCGAGUAGAGUUCAUUCUUUAAUGCUGAAGUACAAGAAGAACAAUAAUAAUAGUCCUUCUAACAGUUCACGUUCUCGACGUUUUAAUCGAUUAGAUCCUGUUCUAGUUCGCGAACGCCUUAAUCAGAUAUCACCCGAUCAAUUGUGGAAUGAAUUAUCACGCUUACUUAUUCAGUCAGACAUUGAAUUAAAAUCUGGUUCUGCAGAUUCUACAGCUUCAAGUACACUAGAAUCAGACAGUCAUCGUGAUUACCAAACAUGUAAUAACAAAGGAAAGUCUGUGAGUGAACACAAGUCAUCAGAUGCUACAAUGUUUAAGUCGAAUACGAAUAAUCAGGAGGAAAAUAUGGAGGUUAUUGAAGGAAAUCGUUUAUUACGUAGACUACGAAGACUAUAUCAUAUUCUCAGUCAGCAGACAGGUCAUCUAUCAUCGACUUCGAUGAAUCCAGUCGCUUCUUUUUCAUUACCAGAUUCAUAUUAUCAAGGAAGCAGAAUUCCUGAUGAAUCGAGUCAUGUAACUGCAGCACAUAUGUAUACUUGGAAUUGUUUAAAUUCAUUUGGCAAUAAUAAUAAUAACGUUAAGUCUUCUACUGGUGUAAAUACCAAUCAUUAUCAUCCACAUACAAGAAAAUUAUGUCCUACUACUAAGCCGGUCACGUUUAAUGCAACAGAUAUUAACUAUGAAGCUGAGGAUGAAUUUGAAGGUACAAGUGAUGAUGACGACAAUAAUGGCGGCUGUCGGAGAUUUUCAUCUCAUAUCAAAAGAAGAAAUGUCCGCCAUCCAGCUUUACGUGGCAUCCAUUCAUCUCAUCCAAUUUCUUUCUGCUCACGAUCAAGUUCCACCUCUGAUGUAGGUAGUAAUGAUGAUCAGGCAUAUCGUUCUAAUCGUAAUAUUUACUCUCGUGAAAAUGCUACUCUCACAGCAAAUAACCACAAUUCAUCUGCCUCCUCCUCCUCAUCUGUGUCAUCUAAUGAUGUUAAUUGUACAGUUCCUUUAAACGAUUGGCCAUCUUGGGUUGUACCAUGCAAAGAAUGUGUUGUGUGCUGGCAAAAAUUUCGUUCAGGUGUAAGAUUGAGUGCACUACCAUGUGGUCAUGGUUUUCAUGAACACUGUAUUCGAAAAUGGUUAGAUACUGGUGCUUUCGAUUGUCCAAUAUGCCGUUGGCCAGCUUAUGCACCUCAUUUACGUCAACAAUGCCAAAUGAUUGAACAGUUAAUUAAUGCUGUACAAAAAACUAUCAAUUUCGCUGAACAAUCUAGUAAUAAAAAUAACAAUUAAUAAUCGUGUAUCAUUGUAGAUAUUCAGCGACCGAUUGAUUAGACACACCCUGUUUCUAUCGAAAAAAAUGUUUUUCAAUAACUCUUAUAUUUGAUUUUCCUGUUCCUUUUACUUACCGAUUGUAUAGUUUUUCUUUUUUUGUUUUUAAUGAUUCAAAAAAAAAUCUGUCGUAAUGCAAACUCUUGUUUUUCCUUCUCAAGAUGAAAAUGCUUGUUUGCUUCCAGUGGUAAUUAAUACAAGAUUUUUUAUCUAAGGG